CCAGUACUCACAGUGCAGUAGGAAACAGGUCCACGGAUACUGGGGUGUAUGAAGUUGUUUGAAAAGGAAAUUCUGUAAUGAGAGUGCUUGCAUUAAAAGGCUCUAACUACAGUGGAUUACUUGAACGACAUCAUAUUCACACCAAAAAUGUACAGCAUAUUGUAGAUAGUUUACGGAAUGAGGGAAUCGAGGUUCGCCUAGUUAAGAGGAGAGAAUAUGAUGAAGAGACUGUUCGAUGGGCAGAUGCUGUCAUAGCUGCAGGAGGUGAUGGUACAAUGCUUCUGGCAGCAAGUAAAGUCUUAGACAGACUUAAGCCAGUUAUAGGUGUAAACACCGAUCCAGAACGGUCUGAAGGUCACUUAUGUCUGCCUGUUCGAUAUACACAUUCCUUCCCAGAAGCCUUACAGAAGUUCUGUUGUGGUGAGUUCAGGUGGUUAUGGAGGCAGCGUAUUAGAUUGUAUCUUGAAGGGACUGGCAUCAACCCCAUUCCUGUGGACCUUCAUGAACAGCAGCUAAGUUUGAAUCAGCAUAGCAGAGCCUUCAACAUUGAAAGAGUUGGUGAUGAAACCUCCCAAGUAACUGGGAUUACAGGGUCUGAGGCUUCAGGACCCCAGCUUUUGCCAGUGAGAGCACUAAAUGAAGUCUUCAUUGGGGAGAGUCUUUCAUCCAGAAUGUCUUAUUCUUGGGCUGUAGCAGUGGACAAUUUAAGAAGAAGUAUACCCACUCUAAAGGGAAUGGCGUCCUACUAUGAGAUCUCAGUGGAUGAUGGCCCGUGGGAGAAACAGAAGAGUUCAGGGCUCAAUUUGUGUACUGGGACAGGAUCAAAGGCCUGGUCUUUCAAUAUUAACAGGGUUGCAAGUCAGGCUGUGGAAGAUGUUUUAAAUAUUGCAAAACGACAAGGAAAUUUGAAUCUUCCAUUGAAUAGCGAAUUGGUAGAGAAAGUAACAGAUGAAUAUAAUGAAUCACUGCUGUACAGUCCAGAAGAACCAAAAAUACUUUUCAGUAUCCGAGAACCAAUAGCAAACAGAGUUUUCUCCAGCAGUCGCCAGCGUUGUUUCUCCUCAAAGGUUUGUGUUCGCUCUCGUUGUUGGGACGCCUGUAUGGUUGUGGAUGGAGGAACUUCUUUUGAGUUUAAUGAUGGGGCAAUUGCUUCAAUGAUGAUCGAUAAAGAAGAUGAGCUUCGAACUGUGCUUCUAGAACAGUGAAGGAUUUCCUCAGAUGACAAAUUUUGAUUACUGGAAAAAUAUUUUUACUGAAAAACAGACUACCAGUUAUAUGGCUUUUUUUUUGUGUGUGUGUGUGUAUGGUUUGGUUACUAUUGAGACUAGUUGCCCUAGGCUCACAGGUGACAGAAAAUAAGAUUUGCAUUAUUCUUUUGUUGGAUUCUAAUAAAAAAAAAGAUGUUGAGUGUGUGAAAAAGUAGAUGGACUAAACAGGUUAGAAUUGAUACCAGUGAAUUUUUUUAUUUUUUAUGGUUGGUAACCAAGAACAUUGUAUCUUUUUAAAUUAAGCAGGUUUAAAUAAAGGAUUAAAUGU